AUGAGGAGCCGGCUAAUGGAAUACGAAGCCAAUCAUCGCUCUUCUGCUGUCACUGUAGUGGUGUUCCUCACAGUUGGAGCCCGCGCCUUGUUAUGCUGUGCUCCAUUUUUGUUCCUCUGCUCGCGCCGUGCCGAAGCGUCUGUCACAGCGAGCAGCAGCGCGGAUGGGAGCGGGGUAGCACAGCAACUUAUUGUGAAUUCGGAGACGUUUGCUGUUUUGUCUGAAGUUCAUAGUUUGGUUGUUUGCAUCUUGAAAAGACUUGGAGGAAAGGAUGAUGGUAUGAGUGGGAACUUUGCUAAUCUUCUUCUUCUGAUUACUUUAAACUUCAUAUCUGCAAUUAUUAAUGCUGGAGUAGCUGGAUGUUGUAUUGGCCUUGCACUAGGCUUUUCAGGUGCGCCACAAGCUCUCUUGCAGAGCUGCCUCACUUUUGGGGCAUUUUCCUUUAUUAUGGAAGGGCUAAACAAGCAGCAACCAGCACUUGCGAUUCCAAUCUCCCGGAAAACAAGUUUGCAACACAAUACACACCCGCCCCUCGUACUCCCCCUUCAGUUCCCUCUUCCAGAUGAAAUGAAAGGUGCUUUUUCCUUUUUCAAGAAGCGCAACAAGGGAGCUCAUGGUGGCUACCCUAUCCUAAGCAUCAAUUUCAUAUAUUACAAGAAGCCAAAUGGUAAGGUGGAUUCUCUGGUGUAGAAAGGGAGGUAUGUUCCACACGUAUAGAAAGCUGGUGGCAGGAUAAUUCAGCGACACUUGUCCACUCUAGGAGACCAAAUCUGAAAAAGCUAGUGAUAAUGUGCAGUGAAGACGGUGAAAGCAUGAGUGUUGAAACACGUGAGUUUAGGAUGUUACCGGAUAAAAUAUGUUAAUUAGGUUGUAUUACGCAAUCCCUUAUGAUAGUUAAUAAUGGGUCUUUCUGAAGUGGGUUUUUUUUGUUCUAAACUAUCUGUAAAUGGAGGAGAAAAAAUGGCUCUGGUGGCUUCAGGUUGCUUCGCAGAAAAUAAAGAGUGUAACCCAGAUAAAGAACUUGACACAGGAGGAAAAAAAAAACCCCUAGAUAGAGAGAAGAAGUUGGUCCUCCUCCGACGGCACCGGAGCAAGAUUGAUCUCUGGAUGGCGGCUCCACGUGUAUCGGGGUAGAUUGGUUGACUUCACUAGAGAGUGCGCGGUUCGGCGAGUAGAACGGGGUCGCUGCGCCAAAAACGGAGGACAGGAGUUGGUCGGGACCGCCGUCAAUCGCAAUCUGCUGGUAGAGGUAAGCAUUGUGUAUUUUCCUUGACCAAAAUCCAGAUGAAACUAUUAUGGCGUAAUUUUUUUUUUUUGUCUCUGAAAUGUGAGUAUGGUCUUGUUUGGGCGAAGAUGUGAUGUGCUUCCUAAAGAAAGGUUAGAAUUUUGAUUCUACCUUUGUAGGACAAUAUUCAUAAUUUUUUAUGCGAACAAUGUUUUUUAUUCUACCUUUGUAGGACAAUAUUCAUCGUUAUAGAAGCUAGUUUACUUGUUUUCAUUGUUUAGGAAAAAUUUUUUUGGGCGGAUGAACUUUUGAAUUAGUUAAAUAUUGUGAAGGUUGAUUUGUUUAUUUUUUUUUAACUCUACAUUCUGCAAUGCACUAUUACCAGGCCUUAUUCAUAAUUUUUUGUCUCAUUUGGAAACAAAUUGCAAAUGUCCUUCAUUUCCUUCACUCAAUCAUCAUUUUCAGCCUUUUAUAGUUCGCAAAGUAAAGAAGAAAACCUAAAGAAAAGCUAAAUCUAAAUGUUUUAGCCUAGACCAUUUUUUUUUUAAGUUUUUGGAAGUUUUAAUGGUCAUAGGAACCUAAAACUUUAAAACAGAUUCUUGUUGACCAUGAGCUUAUCUACAUUUGCAAAAUAUUUUAUGGAAGUUGCUGAUUCAUAAAAGUCAUGGACAUGUAGUUGAAACAAACCUCCCAAAUUCAAAAGAGAAAGAGAAAAUUUUGAAAUGCUACAACCAAUGUGAUCCCUUUUUGUUCCUUUUGAUUAUAGAUUGAACACCAUCUAAAUAUCUGAUCUUUCACUCUAUUGCCUUGUAUGUGUGCAAGGAGAUUGAUCUUGCAGAAUUUUUUGCUUAGUUCACAUUGUUGUGUUGUUCUUCAUGCCACUUUCUUAGCUGCGCAGUCCUCUCGACUGCUUCUUUUGCAUAAUCUGCCAUAUUUGCGUUCCUAAGAGUCGUUGCAGCCUGAGAAUGUGUAGCAGCGUCUGUAUCCUAAAAGUAUCUUGAACAAAUAUUUCUACAAAUACAUUGAAGACUCUUGUAGGGAUUGUUUAGAUUAGUUGUGCACAAAGUGACUUAUAUCAAUUAUUGUAUGUAUAAUUUGUUUUUUCAUAAUUGAUUAUGAUAAAAACUAAUUGGAUGCUAUUUGGUGUAAAAUG